GAACCUCUGACCAAAAGUCAAGACCAAGAGAAAACUGAAGAAAAAGUAAAAAACAUGACAGUUUGUGAAGAAACACGUCAGGAACUGCCAGAACAACCAAAACAACCAGAACACAUGUUACAAAAUAGUCACAUGGAAUAUGAUAACAACAGAACACAAGAUACAAGUCAU